AUGCCAGUGGAGAGUCAGGAUGCAAAGAUCCAACCAAAUGUACAUUUGGAUCCGAAACAACAUCUUCUUCUCAAGAAAAUAAGCUUAUGCGUGAACGUAGGAAAUUUCUGCGAUCCACCAGAAUUUCCGGGCAUAUCGUAUUUCUUACAUUAUAUAAUUUUUCAAGAUCUCAAAAAAUCUCCAGAGCAAUGUACUUUGGACAAGUAUAUUAAAAAUCAUAAUGGUAUUAAUUAUGUCUCAGUCGACAACGAGCAUACAAUAUUUUACUUUGACAUCGAAGAAAAGAGCUUGUUUGUAGCUCUCAAGAGAUUUGGUGAUUUUUUUAUUGAGCCUAUAAUAUCGAAACAAGUACUUAUAGAACAACAUGACGUACAAAACGAGUUUCAGAGAAGUUUACGUAAAAGACAGAAGAGAUACGACCAACUAUUUUCCUCUUUCGCACAAACUGGUCAUCCAGCCAACAAGUUUUCUGCAGACCAUUUAACAAAAUUGCACGAUCAUAUAGAUUACGACAAAUUGUACAAUGUGCUAGUCAAAUUUAAAAAUCGCCACUAUAGUGCUCACCGAAUGAAGCUAGCAAUACAAUCGGGACUAUCGUUGGAUGUAAUGGAAAAAUUUGUCACAUCGUGUUUUGCUAAUGUGUCAAAUAACGGGAUAUCUCCAGAUAAUUUUUCCAAAUUUAAAAAUGAUCUCCCUUUUGAUACUCCUGCUUUCCGAAAAAUAUAUAAAGUUAAGGAAAAUUUGGGACUUUUUACACGACUAAAAAUAACGUGGGUCUUGCCUUCGUUCCCCAAUUAUUAUAAAUGUAAUUCAUAUCUAUAUAUACCUUGGAUUCUUGAAUAUAAAGGAAAAGGUUCCUUAAUUAGUUAUCUACGCCAAAAGCUGUGGAGCCCUAUAUCAAACGAUAAAGUGCAUUGUGAGAUUCAACAAAACUCUUUGUACUGCUCAAUACAGCUCACCAUAGAACUCCAUUCUGAAGAACUAAAACAUCUGGAAGACAUUUUAGAUGCGAUAUUUUCUUUUAUCAAUUUACUAAAGAGAGCGGGUCCGCAGAAAGAAAUUUACAAUGACAUGUGUGAGAGUAAAAAAAAUAUUGGAUUUAUUAGUUACGACAUAAAGUCAAUCUUUUUGAACUUGAGUAAGAAUAUGCAUUUCUAUCCGUCGAAGACUUAUAUAAUUAAAAACGAGCUUGAUUCCAAUUAUAAUGCAAAAGUUAUACAAACAUGUUUGAAUUAUUUGACGCCUGAGAUGGCGAAUAUUAUGAUUUUCUCCAAGGAUAUUAAUGAUUUCGAAAUAAAGAAAAUUGAACCAUGGUGGCAAACGGCAUAUACGGAUAUUGAGAUACCGAAAGAGUGGAUCAAACGUUGGAAAGUCAUCGAGCCAUUACCCGAAUUUUUUUUACCUUCACCGAAUAUAUUCUUUACCAAGAACCUUCUUCUAAUGCCGAUAUCAAAAGAAGCAAUUCCGAAAUAUCCUAUAAAAAUAUACUGUAACUCUAUGUCGGAGAUUUGGUAUUGCCCGAAGUUUCAUUUGUCAAAAUGUUGUAUGCACUUCUAUUUUAUUUCACCUCUGAAACUUGAGUCAUUGAAGAAUGGAGUUCUCAUGGAUAUAUACUGCGAACUAUGGAAACCGAUAUUAGCCGAAGAAUUAUAUCCAGCUUCAUUGGCUGGGUUUAUAUAUGAUAUCAAUAUCCUUAACAAUGGUUUUACAUUAAAAAUAAGCGGUCUUAAUGAAACUCUGCCACUUGUAGCGACUACUUUUGCACAACACAUGGUGCAAUAUUCAUGCUUUAUUACAGAGGACAUAUUUGAAAAUGCCAAAACUCGACAAAUGCUGAUAUAUUUAAAUUCAAUUAACAUACCUACAACUUUCAUCAAAGACAUGGCAUUAUCGAUACUAAAACUCGACCAUCAUUCACUAAUUGAUAUGUAUAAUAUUAUACAGAAUAUCACUUUCAAAGACUUUCAAGGCUUCGUGAAAUCCUUUACUGAACAUCUAUACAUUCAAUGUCUCGUGCAAGGAAACAUGACGCCGUCUGCUGCAAUCAAUACAGUAGAGCAAUUUAUUAACACAAUUAAUUGUAGCCCUUUACAUCCAAAUACAAUAAAACAGCUUAGAGGCACUCAGAUACCUUUGGGAAUAAGCUAUUACAAGAUUAAAAUCAAAGAUACAACUUCCUUAGUAACAAAUUAUUAUCAAGCCGGCGUCACAACGAUUGAAUUAUCGACAUUAAUCCAUCUGAUAAGCUAUAUAAUGGACCAUAAGUUAAGCGAAGAUCAAUCCUUUGAAAAGUUUUGGUAUACCAACGUCAACUUUAGAAACAUUAACGGAAUUUUAGGAUACUCUAUUACUGUUUACACUCAAUACACAAUCGAGUACAUUGAUAGGACGAUCGACAGAUUUUUGAAUGAGUUUAAAAACGAUAUGGAAGAGCUCACAGAAAAGGAAUUGGAUGUUUAUAAAGAAACGUUCCUAAAAUCUAGAUCAUUUGACGAUGCCAAUCUUGAAAAAGAAAAUGAAAGAAACUGGAAGGAGAUCAUAACGUGUACUUACAUGUUUGAUUUACAUGAACAGGAAAUACUUGCUCUAGAGAAAAUAAAUGUUAAUAAGCUGAGAGAAUGGCUUGCAGAUCACACAUUCAACGGAAAUAAUUUUAGAAAAUUGAGUUUACAAAUUGUAGGAAAUAUUCCAAAAAAAUUGAAAUACGUUGAUUUAACAAACAUAAACGACGAUUAUCAGUACAAUUCAAAUAGAUAUCAUUAUAUUACUAAAGUAGAAGAUUACAAGAAAAAACUUUUCAUAUUUCCAACAAAUCCUCUCAGAGCACAGUAUAAGUAA